AUGAAAUAUUUGAUAAGGUCAUUUAGUUUUAAAUAAUUUUAUUAGUAAUAAUUUUUUGCAUUUAGUAAGAGACCUAAAUAGUUAGAUAUUGAUACAAUAAUAGAAUCACAUAAAAGUAAAGUUGGUUUAGAGGAUGAGCUUAAAAAAUAUGAAAAUAAUCUUAAAAUUGACUAAAUUUAAUUAAAUUUAAAAGAUAUUUAAAUUCCAAAAGAGCAUUUAGAAAUAAGGUAUAGUAAGAGUUCAGGUGCGGGAGGAUAACACAUCAACAAAACAAAUAGCAAGGCUGAAAUAAGAUUUAACAUAGAUACUGCUAAAUGGAUUGAAGACGAUGUGAAGAAGAGACUUAAGUCAUAAUAUCAAUAACAUAUUAAUUAAGAUAAUUAUUUAAUAUUGUAAUGUUAAACUGGAAGAGAUUAAGACUCUAAUUUAAGAGAAGCUAUAGAAAAAUUAAGGCAAAUCAUAUGGGAAUGUUCACUUCCAGAAAAAGAAAGAUUAAAUCUGAUUCCAGCAGAAACAAAAGACCUUUAAAAAAAGCGUAUUGAUGUUAAAAGAAAAAAAAGUGAAGUAAAAUCAACUAGAUCUAUCCGUUGA